ACGACAAUUUGCUUUCAGAUCUGAGCAUGUUGGACGCGUACAUGGGCCUGGCCCUGUCGGGGGAGCCGCGCGAGAAGUACGACGCCACGGGCAAACGGAAGAAGAUCUUCUUCUGCGCGAAGUGCUUGCACGGUUUCACCUUGAAGUGGAACCGGGACCGGCAUUACAGGUACGAGUGCGGGCUCGAGCCGCGGUACAAGUGUCCGUAUUGCGACAAAAGGAACAAGCAGACGUCGCAGAUCUACAGACACGUGAGGAGCAAGCACCCGACGGAGAGAGUCUGCGCGGUCACCCUGCGGAACUGAAGAGACAACCUCGGAAAUGAUUCGAACCACGAGAUGUCUUCGCGGCGCGCGAGUCCGCGCGAUCGAUCGCGCGUGUGUUUCCGCGCGAAAAGUCCCCCCGGCGCAGCCGGGAUCAUCAUCAUCGUCUUCUCGAUGUAGCCAAUUUGUAUCUCUGUGAACAUUGACAAAAACAAAAUAAACGUUUGCCUGGACACAAACGGC